GUUCUAAAUGAUAUUAUUUUCAGUCUUGCUGACUGGUCAAAAGUUAAUGCAAAUGCAAGUGGAUGUGAUCAUGUAACUGCAAAGCCAGUUGAAAUAACAGAUGAAAAACAAAAUAAAUACUUUAAAUGGGGUCAAGAAAAAUUUGCAUACGAUGUCUUGGCCAGUGAUAAGAUCGGUCCACGUCGACCUUUGGACCCGAUGUAUCAUACGCUAUGCAAAAAUCUCUCUUAUGAUGACAUAAAACUAUCAGCAAGUAUUGUAAUCAUCUAUCACAAUGAAGCACUGUCAGUGCUAAUUCGAAUGAUCAACAGUAUCCUGGAUCGUACACCAUCUGAAUAUCUGAAAGAAAUUGUACUCUUUGACGAUUACAGCCACGAUGAUUGUAUUAUUCGAGAAAAAUUACUCGAAUACGGUUUGGUGGAAAAAUGGCCAUUGAAUAAAAUUAUCAAUGAACGAAGUGAAAAACGUAACGGGUUAAUACGAGCAAGAAUGGCAGCUGCAGAUUUGGCAUCUGGUGAUGUACUAAUAUUUUUGGAUAGUCAUUGUGAAGUUACAGAACGAUGGAUUGAACCGUUACUGAAGACAAUUCAGGAAGAUCGUAAACGGGUAGUAUUGCCGGUAAUUGACCUUAUAAAUCCGAUGAAGUUUGAUUAUUCGCAAGCAAUGAUUGCAAAAAUGAGUUUUGACUGGCGAUUAAGUUUUAAUUGGGUUUACUUCCCAUGGGAAUAUUUUGAUAUACCCGAGCAUAACUAUCAACCAUUCAGGCAAGUUAUCUACUUAACCCUUAAUAAGUUGGUAGGUCAAAGAACACCAAUGAUGUCUGGAGGACUGUUUGCUAUUGACAAAAAUUAUUUUUAUGAAAUGGGUGGCUAUGAUAAAGGUAUGGAAAUUUGGGGUGGCGAAAAUAUUGAAAUGUCAUUAAGGAUUUGGCUCUGUGGUGGAUCAAUUGUAGUUCAUCCGUGCAGUCGUGUAGGUCAUCUGUUCCGUAUGCGAAGACCAUAUCAAAGUAAAGCUGGCCUAGACACUAAUCUCUACAAUACAGUUCGUGCAGCAAAAGUUUGGUUUGAUGAAUAUCAGAAAUAUUUCUACCAUAGACGACCAGAUGCACUGAAAAUGAAUGUCGGUGAUUUAACUGAACGUUUGGAAUUGAAAAAAAAAUUGGGAUGUAAACCGUUCAAAUGGUUUAUUGAAGAGAUUGAUCCAUCGUUGAAACCAAAAGAACGACUGGAAGAUGAACUCUGA